AUGGCAUCCAAUCUGUUUCCCCGUCUCUCCGCCGGAACUGGCUCCGGCAGGACUGGCACUCACGGCUCAUCGUCGCCCAGUGGAUUCCACGAGCUUCUUGGGCGUCUAGCGGCCUACCUUGUACGAGCGCUACCCAUAUGUUCAUGCAAAGUAUGGAGUGCGAGUGCUCGUUUCGUCCCGUCCCGUGUGUCACAGAGGGGAAAGUCGACGACGACCCACCCGGUGGCUCGAUCUGGUCAAACUUGUGCUGCUGCCGCUACAGAGUGUGCAUAUGUAUGCAGGGAAAGGUUCGCCACGGCAGCUUCGGCGACCAGCCUCACUCUGCAGUCCCAAGCAGGCAUGGAUGAACAGUUACUAUUAUGGAUGUACUGCCACUUGCUGAGCUCCAAAUGGGGAGGCGUGUGCAUUGGAAAGACGGGAUAUGCCCUAAUGCGCGCGCACAUACGGUCUCGUGUACCGUCAAACGACUCCAACGCAGAGACGGGCGCAGAGGAGAAAGGCAAUCAGCCCCGUGUCCACCCCAGCCCGUUUUGUGGACAAUCUCAGGGGGGGGCCGAGAACUCCCUCGCUGCUGGGUCCCCACGUGCCGGAGACGACGAUGCCCGCAAGGACACCCUAGGACUGGUAUCAGUUACGCUGGUCAUAGAGUCAGUCGUUGCUUUAGGCAGAGAAGGCACUACAUUCUAUCGCUUUUUUUACCAACAGAAUGGAACAAAAAAGGCUGACGUGUCUUUGCAAGGCUGA